AUGGCGUCAUCAUUCAACGUUGCCGACCUGGCCGAUUAUAUCGAUCUGGACAAGCAGAGCCUAUUGAUCUCGGCAGGGUCAAUCAUCUUCAACCCGCUGUUCUGGAAACCCUACCCGGCCUGCUAUGCUCUUGCCGCGACCAUCUUCUCGCUGGGCCUCCUCCGCGAUUGGCUGUACAAGACGGCCCUGUCCGAGCAGCCCUCGCACCCGCUCCUGGAGACGCUGUACUCGCAAGCUGCCGGAUACACCCUGUUCAUCAUCGGCAACAUCCUUGUCGUCUCGUCGACGUGGCGCCUGGGCAUCACGGGCACCUUCUUGGGCGACUACUUUGGUAUCCUGAUGGACGAGAUGGUGACGGGCUUCCCCUUCAACGUGACAUCGGCCCCGAUGUACUGGGGCUCGACGAUGAACUUUCUGGGAACCGCCCUCGUCUUUGGCAAGCCUGCUGGUAUUGCGCUGACCGUCGGCGUGCUCGUCGUGUACAUCAUCGCUCUCCGAUUCGAGGACCCGUUCACUGCUGGGAUUUACGCCAAACGUGAGCGCGAGCGUGAGGCGGCCAAAUCUGGCAAGAAGCAGAAAUAG